AUGGCCAUGACAUACUCCAUCCUGCCGUCUGAAAUCGACUUUCAGGACUACUCAUUUGACUUUGAAGAAUACGUCAGGAACGAGGUCGGACUCGACAUCACAAGCACAACCAAGAAGAAUGGAGAAACGGGAGACAAUAUUUGCAGAUUCUUUCUCAAAGGUCACUGCUCAAAAGGAAACAACUGUCAGUUCCGACAUGUGAGGACAGAUCCAUCAAAGGCCGUCGUUUGCAAGCACUGGCUCAGAGGACUCUGCAAAAAGGGCGACAACUGCGAGUUCUUGCACGAAUAUAACCUCAGGAAGAUGCCUGAAUGUUGGUUCUACAGCAAGUACGGCGAAUGUAACAACGGCACCGAAUGUAUCUAUCUUCACAUUGACCCUGAGAGUAAGAUCAAGGAUUGUCCAUGCCCGAAGUACGAAUUGCCUCCACCAAACUGGGACGAUGGAAUCGGAGCACGGCCAAUGCAGCAGGACAGAGAUCGCGAGGAGCCACAACGUGGAGAAGGCGAGGUCCAGACAUUCCGCAAGGUCGAAGAUGUCACCUGUUUCAAGUGCCAGCAAAAGGGACACUACGCAAACAGAUGCCCACAAGGACGUGGCCACGACAUGUAG